CGAGGAGACGUCGCGUACUCCAUCGGCCAGGCCGCUUACGAGGGGAAACUCGAUGUGAUCCAGUGGCUGUGCGCACAGGCGGAGGAAACUCUCAACGCUCGGACGAGAGAGUUUCUGAUGGGAGAUAAUCCGCUGCUUGCAGCUGCAUACAACGGGCACCUCGAGGUGAUGAAGUGGCUUGUCGACAAUGGGGUCAAGAUCAACGAUGCGGACGAGGAAGGCUCUGCAGCUCUGGUCUCGGCUGCUGGUAAUGGGCACUUCGCUGCUGUGCAGUGGCUGGUCGAGCUGGGG